AUGACUACACCCCCCUCCUUCUCUCUCCCAUUCGUCUCCCUUCUCCCCUUCCACCCUCGUCUUUCCACUCCAUUCAUCCUCCUCCACCUCCCCCCCUUCCCCCUCUCCACCUCCCCCCCUUCCCCCUCUCCACCUCCCCCCCUUCCCUCUCUCCACCUCCCCCCCUUCACCCUCUCCACCUCCCCCCCUUCCCCCUCUCCACCUCCCUCUUCUUCCCCCCUUUUCCUUUCUCCUGCAACACUCCUUCGCUCUGCUCGCAGCGACCAAGAAAGUGCCGCACAUGCCUUGGCACGGGAUACAAUUGUGCGCAUGCGCAUUGCGCAUGCGCAUUGUGUGCAUGCGCAUGUGAGUGCGCAUGCGCAUGUGAGUGUGUGCAUGCGCAUUGCGCAUGCGCAUUGCGCAUGCGCAUUGUGCGCAUGCGCAUGUGAGUGUGUGCAUGCGCAUGUGAGUGUGCUGCAUGCGCAUGUGAGUGUGUGCAUGCGCAUUGUGCGCAUGCGCAUUGCGCAUGCGCAUUGUGUGCAUGCGCAUGUGAGUGCGCAUGCGCAUGUGAGUGUGUGCAUGCGCAUUGUGCGCAUGCGCAUUGCGCAUGCGCAUUGUGCGCAUGCGCAUGUGAGUGUGCGCAUGCGCAUGGAUUUGUAUGACUCACGUGUGUUCACGCUCACGGCCGCCAGCCAGCUAUAUUGUCAUGCAAAAAUCAACCCACCCUUCCGGCCCACUUCUCCUUCCACACUCCUCUCCCUCGCCCCUCUCUUCCCACCCACAGGCGGGGUGAUGACACAGGAGCCACUGCAGGCGUGCUGUGCGUGUGAGGGCCGGGGACAUGAGCGGUGUGAGCGCUGUGCUGCCACGGGGCUGGCAAACCACUGGCUCUAUUCGCCUGCCAAGGACGGAGGCUGGGGUCCGCGAGGGCAGUAA